UUCUUUAUGAUUGAUUAUCCAAACAGCUAUUUUGGUUUGAUCAUUUACAGGAUCAGUCUCUUAAUCAGGAAUUUAACUAUUGUAGCUUUGUUGAGAAUAAGAAGAAGCUGUCAUAUACCGAACUUGGUUAAGUCACUAACUUCAAUAACAUUUUAAUCAACCUGUGUUACUUCAUUAUCUCCUCCAACCGACAACCAAACAUUAGCUCAUCAGCCUGACAGCACACAGCUGUGGAGGACCUGAUUAACACAGAUCUUAAAGUGGCUUCUGAGUGGGCUGCAGCUCUCCGGUGGUUGAUCUUGUGCUUUGGCCUCAUUUUCUCAAACCAUGCUCCCAUUUAGAAAAAAACUAAACUAAACUAAAGAAUAGACAUGCAUUACAGGAGAAACAUUUGAAUUUUUCCUUACAAAUGUAUGCCAUUAGUCACACGUGAUGUACAGAUGUGACUGCAAAGAAAAACCCUAAAACAUGCAGGAGGCAAAACUCUGAGGACCAGGACUGACAUACUCUGCCUUAAACCAUCAAAAACAGCACCAAGAAAUCAUCUGCCUUGACCUCCUAUUAAUCAUGAGAAAGCUGAAACAAAUCCUGAAAAGGCCUGUGUGUGGGCUGCUGGCCAUUUGUUUGCUGUGGUGUCUGAGCCUGCCUUAUUUCAUUCUGACUAAAGUUGACCAGAGGAGCAUCGGUGUGAUUGCUGACAACAGACUGAGGGAGAACAGGAAAGUGUGGCUGGAAACAAGCAAGGCCCAAGAUGUGAUGAAGAUUUUUGUACAGUUUGUGGAUGAUCUGCUGAACGUCGUCAAAACGGAUAAUAAUGUCUCACCAUCGCCAUGUUUUAAAGGCUACAAGGAGGACAUAAAAGCUCUUCAGGAGAAAAUGGAGGCAGAGAAAGUGAAAGGUCAGAUGAAGGAUGAGAUGAUAAAGGAGCUGCGUGCUGAUAAAGUCCAACUGUGGCAAGAAGUGACUCGCUUGGAGGAGCUUCUAAAGCAGCAGCUGAAGAAGGAAGAGAAAAAGGAGAAAGUGGAAUCUGAGGAUGAAAUCCCAGAAGAUAAAAAUUGCCCCCUGCCACCAUUGGAUGGAUUUCCAGAGUGUAAGGGGAAAAUCAAGUGGAUGAAGGACAUGUGGAUGACAGAUCCUUGCUACAGCAGUUAUGGUGUGAAUGGGUCGCUGUGCUCCUUCCUCAUCUAUCUCAGUGAGACAGAGUCUUGGUGUCCUGUUCUUCCAAGCCGAGUUGUCCCUUCAGUCAUCAAAGAAACAAAACAACCGGUUUUAGAGGAUGCAGUGAUACGAGGACAUUUUGAGGAGCUGCACCAGUUUUUGCACAACAAGACUGAAUUUAGGUGGAUCCAACAGAGAAUUAAAAGUAUGGAGGAGAUUUGGUUGGAGGCGGGACGUUCUCUCUCGGCCAAAUACAACCUGGAAGACCGGAAAACCAAACAGAUACUUGUGCAUCCUGGUGUGCUUACGAAAGAAGCGGGUCUCAAAAUAGCUGAGAACGCUUUCAGCGGCGGCCCACUCGGGGAGCUGGUUCAGUGGAGUGACCUUAUUUCUUCACUUCAUGUUUUGGGUCACCAUCUUCACCUGUCAGCCUCCCUUCCAAGCCUCAACAAGUUUUUUGGGAUUCAGACUGGCGGAUGUCCCUCUCGACUUUCACUAGUGGAACCAAAUUUGAUUUAUACAGAUAUAAUUGGUCUUAGACAAAUCCAGAAAGUACUUAAGACGUCAUGGAUCAAAUACAAGUGUAUAAUCCGUGUGCUGGACUCUUUUGGCACUGAACCAGACUUCAAUCAUGCAGACUGGGCAAAGAAAUACAAUCUCAGAAGUCCAUUUGGUGGACUUAAUCUGACCCCCAUGCAGUUCUACACCAUGUUUCCUCAUACACCAGACAACACAUUCCUCGGCUUUGUGGUACAACAUCAGCUGAGUCUGGAGGAGAAUGAGAAGCUGAAGUCCACCCAGAGAAAAAACCAGGCGCUCAUUUAUGGGAAGAGUGCCACAUUUUGGAAGGAUAAAACGUCUUAUCUGGACGUCAUCCACAAGUACAUGGAUAUCCAUGGGACAGUCGACAACGACACUCUGAUUCCAAACUAUGUGACAAAUCAUGGUAUUAUCAAAGGAACUGAUGUGCAGACCUUGUUGAGACAAAGCAAAGUUUUUGUUGGGUUGUCAUUCCCAUAUGAAGGCCCCGCCCCUCUGGAAGCCUUGGCCAAUGGUUGUGCUUUCCUGAACCCCAGAUUAAAACCUCCACAUAGCAGCCUGAACACCGAGUUCUUCAAAGGAAAACCCACCAUCAGAGAGGUCACAUCCCAGCACCCAUAUGCUGAAGAAAUAGGGGAGCCCUAUGUGUGGAUGGUAGAUAUGGAUAACCAAACAGAUGUGGAGAGAGCUAUCACUGCUAUACUCAAUCGCACAAUAAAACCCUACCUUCCCUAUGAGUUUACAUGUGAAGGAAUGCUCCAGAGGGUUAAUGUCCUGAUUGAAAAACAGGAUUUAUGCUCACCUGCAAUGAGCUGGCCUCCUCUGAGUGCUCUCCAGGUACUUAAAGCGGAGACAGGGGUUUCGUGUAAACAGGCUUGUCGGAGGGCGGGGCUUAUCUGUGAACCGGCAUUCUUUCCAUACCUCAACAAUGCCACCAAUCUCGCCAGCCACAAUAUAGCUUGUCAAACGUCUGAGUUUUCAGACGGCCACCUUGUGUUCCCAGCCUACGACAGUACCAGGAAACAUUGCCUGUUCCAGUCAGAUUCUCUGCUCUACAGCUGUGUCAGAGCCAAGCAGUCAUUAAAUCGCAUCUGUCCCUGCAGAGACUACAUCAAGGACCAAGUAGCCUUAUGUAAGGCAUGUUUAUAACUGCUGAACAAUGAU